GGCACAUGCAGCGUACGUGUCGCUUUCGCAGUCGGUAGCUAUAUUAUUAAUGCGGAGGCGCUGAUCAAGAAAAAGACGGUGGUUCUCCUGCACGAACCAGCACUGCCCCAAUUCGCAAACGAGAAACAGCUAGCAACUGGAACGGCAAACUUUCCUGCCCUCUUUUCAGACUGUUAUUCAUUCUCGGAUAACUAUGUCUCCUUCGGUCCCUGUGUUACUGCUGACACUGUCGUCAUUCCACCUUUCCUUGUUCUCUGCAUCAGCUCGUUCAUUUUGGACGUUUCACAAACAUCGUCAUGAGGCUCCUGAUGCUUUUAAGAUAUUGGGCAUGGACCCUUUUUUGGUGGCUCUGAGGGACGUCAACCAGGACCCAAAGUUGAAGUGCCUCACAGCAACCCGCAUUGAUUUUGACCCCAAAGUUCCGUCACCAACCUUCCAAUGGUCGUUCAGUGGAGACCAAAACACUCCAAGGAAAAAUGCCACGCUGCGUUUCACCAAGGGAACAUCUAUCGACACUACAAAGCUCUUAGUGGACAAUGACACCGCUCAUCCGGAUGUUGGUCGUUUUCUGUAUGCUGAUAAUCCCCUGACAUGUGCUGUCAUGGAACUACGCUAUUUUGGCUAUCAAUGCACCUUGUGGGUUCGAAACACCAUGAAACACACUGUGUCGAAGAAAUGCUUCAAAAAGCAUGCCACCCUCUGUGCAAACGGUGUUUCUCUCUACGACAAAGCAACCUGCGGUGACUACUAAGCUUGAAACAAGAACUUUGAUAACACGUAAUGCAAAUAAAAUGGUGUGCCAAAAACACA